AUGAGAAGCUUGAGACCAAGAGUGCGACUGGGUUGGAGUGAACUAGGUACUGGAGUAGCGUAUCGGGACUAUGGCUAUGGAAACAAUGUUCUCAUUGCUUAUGCUGGGUGGAGUGUAUCAGAUACAUUAGCACGACAUUGGGUCGAUAGAUUGGUAACUCAUUCAACAUUACGAUCACUAAAUGUAGGAAAAGUUUACGCUGUCAAAGGUCCCAAUGAUUCUUUGUACAGAACUAAGGAAAUUGGAAAUUCUAGACUCAUUUCCCAUCUAUUAGCUAACCGAAAUCCAAAAAUGAUUAUGGUAGCUGCCCACUCUAGUGGUGCAUUUGUAGCCAAUGAAUUUUUCCAAUAA